AAUACUCGUGUGUGGUGGCGGCAGCGGCGGGUGUUGCAAGUCUUGUGUGCCAGGAACCUCCACAGCUCCAUCCACCUCUCGCCGCCAUCACCGCCUCCUUCAGCUGCUCUCCCGCCCCCUUGCACUCCUAUGUAGCAUGUCCUCACGCUCCUGUUCCUCCUCCACCUUCACAUCCACCUCUUUACUCCUUUUCAGCCCUGCCAUACAUAACUGAGCUUCCGCCAUCACACUCCUCAUGAAAAAGAUGCUACGAAUCUGAUGCAAAAAAAGAAAAGAGAGUACCAGUGAACAAAGUGAUUGCAAAACGAAAGAUUCAGUGAUUUUAAAAGCUUACAGAAAAAGAAAAGUUAAGGUGAAGGGGGGCGUGAGAACAGUCAUUCUGGUGACCGAAGGAGGACUGAAAACUACGCAAGCUUAGAGGAACGCCGAGGGAGGAAGAGGUGGAUUCACUGCCCGGCUCCUCGCUGCUCCUCCGGGAAAUGUGACCAGUUGCUGCCCGCCAUGUCUUCCUUUUGGAGCAACGUGACUGGUCGCGGCUCUGGGGACAAGCCGCCUUCAGGCAGAUCCCGUUCCGUGUCCCGCAGCAAGGACGUCGAGGCCCCGAGAGGACGACCCGCGACUCGAGAACGACCUCAGGACAACUCCCGCGAGGAUGACGACCCCGAGAAGCACGCCGCAAGGAACGACGAAGAGGAGGGUGACGGGUGCCUCAACAUGUCCCGACUGAAGGAGCAGGUGCUGGGGCGGGGCGGCGGGCGGGGCGUUCUGCGGGUGGGUAUCUUGCCUGCCUUCACCCGUGCAGGACGCACCGGCUCGCUGCCUCACCCUAAGCGCCAGCCGUCCAACGAACCAACAUCCCUCUCCACGCCCACGCCACCGCCCACGCCCACUAAUGAUCACCAGCCGCCAGUGCCGGACUCUCCCAAACCCAAGGUGAAGGGCGUAGGCAGGAAGCGUGCCGCCUCCGCCUCUCCGACACGAGACAAACGACGAUCUUUCAGAGGAAUAUCACGUGACAGGCUGCCGGCCUUCCCUCACCUGCCCCACCUGCCGUCUCUGCCGCCUCAGCUGCGGAACAUCCUGCACCGCGGAGGAGGUGGGGCGGGAGACGGGCACAGUGCAGAGGUGCCUAGUCCCAACAAGCCCACCAGGAGGCCUGGACCAGUGGGACGAACCUGGGUCAAGGUGUAUGACGAUAUCACCUUUAUGGAUGAACACGACGAAGACAUGUACCCCAUGCUGGGAUACACAGGACACCCAGCCGUGGUGCCUGAGGCCUCGCCUCUGCCAACACCGCCGACACCACCACCUCCCAGGACUGGCCAGCGUCGCUCCUCAACCGCCAGUGAAUAUGAUAAUGUCCCUAAGGAGGAGUACAUCCAUGAACCCGAGGUGCUGGGGCGUCGCAGUCCCUCCCCCCAGCCGCCAGCCCAGGGUGAUGAGCCACAGCCUCCCACGGCUCAAGCAGAAUCUCAAAAUACAGUUGGUCAUGGACGUGGACGAGACCGAUUUCGAGGCAAGAGGCAAAAACGAACCGGGACUCCUGUCAGGGUUGGUAGCGAGGAAGAAAAGGAGCCUCAAGAUGACAUCGAUGCAGCUGUCCUUGCGGCACUGGAGGCUGAGAUCAUUGUGACACCUAAGGAGGAGGAUUACAUCAUCCCUCAGGCCUUGCAGCCACCGAGGCCACCCAGGGGACACAAAACGUACGAUCAAUUGGAAGUGCUUUCCAAAACAGACUCUCCCUCACAGCAGGAAGUCUGUGAGGAACCACGUAAGCCACGUCGAGGAGUGAAGGUUUACGAUGAAUUGAUCUUCCGACGCCAACACCAACUUGGAGUCGAUACAAAUACUCUUCCUUCUUUACAGUGUGAAACUGUGACACAACAGGAGGCUGUGCUGGAGCAAGAAAUUGUACCGCAACAGUCUGUGACGCAACAGGAGAUUGCACCACAGCAGGAGGCCGCGAAACAAGAAGAGACUGUAACUCAAGAGACUGUGACACAACAAGGGGAUGUGAUGCAGGAAGAGGUUCCGACUCAGCAAGAAGCUGUGUCCCACGAAAGUGAUGCUGCAGCGAAGGCGGCAGUGACUCAGGAACAGGUGAAUACAAGCAAAGAGGCAGAAGAAGUGACGGAAGCUCCAAGACAGGAGGAAGAGCCACCGCGUCCCCGGCGAGGCAUGAAAUUGUAUGACACUGUUGAAAUGCGUCGCCGCGCACCAACACAAGAUGUUUUGCAGAUCAAUAAGGAAGAACCAGUUACAGAAGUUAUUUGUCUAGACGAAACUACAGACGAUACAGGAAAUAAGGCCACUGCUGAGGAACCACAGCGCCCAUCGCGAGGUCAUAAGAUCUAUGCGUCGUUAAUUAUCCAGCCUCGCUCAGAUGAGGAUGAGACGCAGGUGGCGGAGGUCACCCUCAAGAACGGUGCCCCCGUCCCUCUCACUCCUGAGGCAGACACCGGCGAACCAUCAGUCCUUCCUGCGGCAGAAGUUAAGGCUGACUCUAAGGAAGUUGAGAACACGGGCGGGGAGCAGCAAGAGCAGCAGCAGCAGCAGCAGCAGCAACAACAACAACAACAACAGCAACAGGGGGAGGAGCAAAAGAUGCAAGAGCAGCAGCAGCAUGAGGAACAGAUGCAACAACAGCAGAAACAAGAGGAACAGGUGCAACAACAACAGCAACAACAGAAGCAGCAGCAGCAGGAGCAACAGAUGCAGCAAAAGGAGCAGCAGGAGCAAAAGGUGCAGCAAGAGGAGGAGCAACAUGUGCAACAGCAGCACCAGGAGCAGCAGGAGCAGGAGCAACAGGAACAGCAACAGCAGCAACAGCAGGAGGAACAUGUGCAACAGCAGCAGCAACAACAACAGCAGCAGCAGCCUAUCGAGGGGACUGUGCCUCCAUAUGCACGCGUUCUGAAGGGCUCCGGUACUCGAGAGCUGCGGCCAAUGGUGCCCUCUGAUGACGACGAACCCCCGCCACCGAUCCCACCCAAAAAGAAAGGUUUGAGGGCCAUUACACCACAGCUGGAUGCGGUGCUUCCACCCAGGCCGCCUCGUCACCUCAAGCCGCGUGUCACCACAUCAAUACUCAUGGUGAACGGCGAUGCCUUGCCCGCGCGUCCUGCCCGCGGCACCAAGAUAUAUGAAUCUGUAAAGCCAACCACCCCCACAGUGCCGAAGCGAUACUCCAAAGUGGUUCGUAUCGAGGACUUGGAUGAUGUGAGUACCCACCCGCCCCCGAAGCCCUCCAGACAUGUCCUACAUCCGCCCCGCAGACGCAGAAAAAAGCAGGAGGUUCACAAGGAACUGGAUGGGGACGAGCAGCAGACGGUGACAGCGAGGUUCACCCUCGACCCUGGCAAAGCCACCCAGGUAACAUUUACGACCGACCAGCAGGACAACUACGAGAAUAUCACGAUGAGUGGAGGCUGCCCACAGCCAGCCACACGCAAUCGUAACCGUCCCCUCCCUCCUCCCCCGCCCCCUCCUAAGAAAGGCAGGAUUCAACAACGUUACAAACAACAACAACAACAACAACAACAACAACAACAAAGUGGAGAGUCUCGUGUCAAUGAGAACGGAGUCACGGCAGCAAUAUCAGGUGGCGAGGUUGGCAGCCCUGAAGGGGCGGGCCCGACCCUUGGUGAACACCACCCACCCAGUCGUCCCGCGGCUCCGGGCCGAGUAGCAUCAAAACGCCGCGGAGCAGCCAGACUUCAAAACGACAUAAACGAAAACUUGAAAACAAUCGAGUCAUCCUUUGCUACUCUCGAUACUGUGUUAAAGUCACUUCAGACCUACUCUCGUUCCUCUCCGCCCCGGACAGUGGUGAAGGGUUCGAGCGAGCAGCCAUGUGAGGAUACAGCGCCCGCCCCCGCCGUGACACAACCAGCUGCUACGCAAGCGGUACUAACAGCGUCACCAACUGUGAGUAAAAGCGACGAGGCAGCGACACUGACAGACGUUAGUACAAACAAUGUUACUGGUGCUGCCUCCCAACAGGUGACACUCGACUCGAGCAUAUUUGACCAAGUGCAACACGUCGAGGAUCGGACAGUAAGCAAGGAAACAGGUGUGGCUCAAAGUUGUCAAAGUGACGCAGUAAAUAACAGAUUAAUACCGCAACCAGGAGUGUGUACCGAAAGUGUGGAAAGUAAAUCUGUGAAAGUAGAUGAUCUGCCUCAGGAAACUGACAGAUUGAAGUUGAAAAAAGAAUCAAGUAGUCAAGGUGUUUCUGAAAGCAGUGAAAGAGGACUUGUGGAUGCUCAAAGGAUUUCUGUGAGUGUAGAUAGUGAUGCGAAAGAUUUUACGAAAGAAGUGAAAGACAAUGAAGUAACAAGUGAAAGCUCUGUAAAAGAUCCAGAAAAAGUUGAAACUGUGCCUCAGACAUCAGUAAAGUUCCAGGAAGGCAAGACUCUGUUCGAGACUGCAGUGAAAAUUGGAGACGACCAAGGCAGUGCAGAACAAUCAGCUGGUAAAAGUGACGUACAGACCCAAGAAACGUUGUCGCCAGUCACAACAGGCGCUCAUAAGCCCGAUGUUAGUGAACUGCCAACACAUCAACAGCUUGACAGCGCACAUUCUGAAAAGCCUCAAAAGCCCACACAACAACCUGAAAGCAUUCAGCAGCCUCCACAACAAGUCGAGAGCCCUCAACACCCCGAUAGCUUAACCAAAGAUCCAGAGAAGGUUGUGACAGUUCCUCAGACUUCAUUGAAAUUUGAAGAAGGAAAGACACUGUUUGAGACAACAGUGAAAGUUGGUGAUAAUCAGCCUGAGAGUCCCCAACAGUCGUCAGAAAAGCCACAAGGUACUCAACAGUCUGGUGAAAAGCCUGAGAGCCCAGCUUUAUCUUCAAAAGACAUCAAAGACUCUGUAAAAGACCCAGAAAAAGUUCAAACAGUACCUCAGACCUCACUCAAGUUCCAGGAAGGCAAAACUUUAUUUGAGACUGCAGUGAAGAUUGGAGACGAACAAGGCAGUGCAGAAGACUCGGCAACCAAGAGUGACGUGCAGAUCCCGAAGCCUUUGUCGCCAGUAGAAGGUGCCCAAGAGGCGGGAAGUUGUCGACAACCUGAUAACACCAAAGAACAGCCUCAGCACCAGACUGAAACCCCAAAACAGUCUGAUCCAAUUGCUAAAGAUCCAGAAAAGGUACUAGUAGUCCCCGAGACUUCGCUUAAAUUCCAGGAGGGGAAGACAGUUUUUGAGACAUCAGUGAAAGUUGGUGAGGAGCAGCCUACACAGCAGCCUGGAAGCCUUCAGUUGCCUCCGCAGCAAACUAAAAACAUUCCUCAAGAAGAAGAGAAGACUCUAAGCCAUGAGGAGCCUUCAAAGGACACCAAAGAAUCCAGAAAAGAUCCAGAAAAGGUUCAAACAGUACCUCAGACGUCACUAAAGUUCCAGGAAGGCAAAACUUUAUUCGAGACUGCAGUGAAGAUUGGGGACGACCAAAGCACUACAGAACACUCAGCUGGCAAGAGUGAUUUGCAGACUCCAGAAACGUUGAUACCAGCCAAUAACCCUGAGGAUGAGCAGCAGCCAACACUGCAGACACCUGAAAUCUCUCAACAGCCCGAUCAUUCACCCAAGGAUCCUGAGAAAGUUCCAACUGUUCCUCAAACUUCACUGAAAUUCGAGGAAGGGAAGACACUUUUUGAAACCAGUGUUAAAGUUGGUGACGAUUUGUCUACGCAACCAUCAGAAAGCCUUCAACAAGCUCCGGAAAAAACGAAAGAAUUUCAGCAGCUGCCACAAGAGCCUGAAAGCACUCAGCAGCCUCCACAACAGCUUGAAACGGCACAACAGCCCGACUGCCUAAACAAAGAUCCAGAGAAGGUUGUGACAGUUCCUCAGACUUCAUUAAAAUUUGAAGAAGGAAAGACACUGUUUGAGACAACAGUGAAAGUUGGUGAUACUCAGCCUGAGAGUCCUCAACAGUCGUCAGAAAACCCACAAGGCCCUCAACAGUCUGGUGAACAGCCUAAAAGCCAUGCUUCGCCUCUAAAAGACACCAAAGACUCCAUAAAAGACCCAGAAAAAGUUCAAACAGUACCUCAGACCUCACUCAAGUUCCAGGAAGGCAAAACUUUAUUUGAGACUGCAGUGAAGAUUGGAGACGAACAAGGCAGUGUAGAAGACUCUGCGACCAAGAGUAACGUGCAGAUCCCGGAGCCUUUGUCGCCAGUAGAAGGUGCCCAAGAGGCGGGAAGUCAGCAACUUGCACAGCAGCAGACUGAGAGUCCAAAACAGCCCGAACCAGCUGUUAAUGAUCCUGAGAAUGUCCCAGUAGUUCCUCAGACUUCACUUAAAUUUGAAGAAGGAAAGACACUUUUUGAGACAGCAGUGAAAAUUGGCGAUGAUCAAGAUGGUGUUCAGCAGGCCUCGGUGAGCAGUGAAGCUGAGCAGGAAACAGAAGCUGUUGAAUCACAGAGUGGUUCGUCUGCUCAGACUAAGGGGAAGACUGUGUUUGAGACACUCUUUCGGGUAGAGUCCAUCAAGCGAUCCAAGACUACUGAAACAGUCGCAGAGGGUGAAACCUCGACUGACCACCGGAAGGAGCUGGGAUCAGCGGAAAUUAGUAGCGGCGGCGCUGCAGGGGAAGCAGAACAGCUCGAACGUGCGGUCGGCGAGGAGCAGCCACCUAUCAAGGAGCUGCAGGAGGGCGUGGCAGACUUAGCCUCCCGCCUUCAAGGUAUUCGUUCCACCCUUGAGAGUGCCAUCUGCAAUUUCCCUCCUGCACUCACCCCAGUCCCAGUGCUGGCCUCUGCCUCACCCACGCCUAACACUGCUGAAGCCGCUGCCCCGCCUACUGAGGAGCGUCCCGCCAGCCCCGCUCACACUCACCACCUCCCGUGCAGUAAAUCUGAAUGAGGAGAUCCUGAGUGACCUCGAAGUACGCAUCGCAGACUGGGAUGGACGCAAGAAGAUUUCAGACGUCAUCGUGCGCAAGGGGCCCUUCCUCAAACUCUAUUCAGCCUACAUACGAGAAUUUCAGAAC